CUAAAGCAGUCUGCCGGAAGCACCAGGUUUUGUGCAUGUCUCCGGCGUGUUCCGCGCAGCGGGUGUGCAGGGCCGGCAACAUUGAACGAGAUGUCAUCCCCGCAGACCCCAGAAGAUGGGCAGGGCUGUGGCGGUCGCGGCGAUCCCCCUGGGGACCUCCGUAGCGUCUUGGUCACGAGCGUGCUCAACCUCGAGCCGCUGGACGAGGAUCUCUUCAGAGGAAGGCAUUACUGGGUACCGGCCUCCAAGAGACUGUUUGGGGGUCAGAUCGUGGGCCAGGCCCUGGUGGCUGCAGCCAAGUCUGUGAGUGAAGACGUCCACGUGCACUCCCUGCACUGCUACUUUGUUCGGGCAGGGGACCCAAAGGUGCCAGUACUGUACCAGGUGGAGCGGACGCGAACAGGGUCGAGCUUCUCAGUGCGCUCUGUGAAGGCCGUGCAACAUGGGAAGCCCAUCUUCAUCUGCCAGGCCUCCUUCCAGCAGGCCCAGCCCAGCCCCCUGCAGCACCAGUUCUCCAUGCCCACAGUGCCACCGCCAGAAGAGCUGCUUGACUCUGAGGCCCUCAUUGACCAGUAUUUAAGAGACCCGAACCUCCAAAAGAGGUACCCAGUGUUGCUCAACAAAAUUGCUGCUCAGGAGGUGCCCAUUGAGAUCAAGCCUGUAAACCCACCCACCCUGAGCCAGCUGCAGAGAAUGGAGCCCAAACAGAUGUUCUGGGUGCGAGCCCAGGGCUACAUAGGUGAGGGCGACAUGAAGAUGCACUGCUGCGUGGCCGCCUACAUUUCCGACUAUGCCUUCUUGGGCACUGCCAUGCUGCCUCACCAGUGCCAGCACAAGGUACACUUCAUGGUCUCAUUGGAUCAUUCCAUGUGGUUCCACGCCCCCUUCCGAGCUGACCACUGGAUGCUCUAUGAGUGCGAGAGCCCCUGGGCUGGUGGCUCUCGGGGGCUGGUCCAUGGGCGACUGUGGCGUCGGGAUGGAGUCCUAGCUGUGACCUGUGCCCAAGAGGGUGUGAUCCGAGUGAAGCCCCAGGUCUCAGACAGCAAGCUGUAGCCAGAGGUACCAGCUUGGCCUAGGGGUUCAGUAACCUGUCUACCACCAUUCCUGAGACAGGAGUUACAGUCCUGCUGGCCCUCACAUCCAAUAAAGAGACAGAUACCAC